AUGUCGAACCCCCGCGUUGAAGAACUUCCCGACGAGGAGCCCAAGAAGACCACGGUCCAGGAGCACGAGGAUGAGUCCAGCGACGAGUCCGAGGUUGAGGAGGUCGGCGAGGGCCAGCUCCCCGCUGGUUCUACCGUAGUCCACAACCGCAACGAGAAGAAGGCUCGCAAGGCCCUCGAGAAGUUGCACCUCACCCGCAUUCCUGGCAUCACCCGUGUCACUCUCCGCCGACCCAAGAACAUCCUCUUCGUCAUCAACAACCCUGAGGUCUACAAGUCUCCCAACAGCAACACCUACAUUGUUUUCGGUGAGGCCAAGAUCGAGGACGUGAACGCUGCCGCUCAACAAGCUGCUGCUGCCCAGCUCGCUUCCGCUAACGCUGAGGACCACUCCGGCCACAACCACGGCGAGCCCAGCAAGGCCGCUGAGACCUCCGAGGAGAAGAAGGACAAGGACGACGACGAUGAGGAGGAUGACGAGGAGGAGGAUGACGAUGAGGAGGUCGAUGCUUCCGGACUCGAGGAUAAGGACAUUGAGCUCGUCAUGACUCAAGCCAACGUCAGCCGCAAUAAGGCUGUCAAGGCAUUGAAGGAGAACGACAACGAUAUUGUCAAUUCCAUUAUGGCUCUCAGCAUCUAG